CGGCUGGUGGUAGGUGGAGUCACCCCGGCACCUGGACUGGAGCCUGGUGGGGUCAACCCCGACAACCGCCUGGCGCAUGGCUGUGUGGGGCCUGGGAGGCCGCCUUGGCUUUCGCGGUGGCCUCGGCGCCGGCAAGCUACUUCGUCCCCGUUUCCAGAGCCGCGGGCCCCCGGGCGUGGAAGACGGGGACGGGCCACAACCUCCCUCGAAGACACCCAAGAUCCCCAAGAUUUACACCAAAACAGGAGACAAAGGGUUUUCUAGCACCUUCACUGGGGAAAGGAGACCCAAAGAUGACCAAGUGUUUGAAGCCGUGGGAACUACAGAUGAAUUAAGUUCAGCCAUUGGGUUUGCUAUGGAAUUAAUCACGGAGAAGGGCCACCCGUUUGCUGAAGAGCUUGAGAAAAUCCAGUGCUCGCUGCAGGACGUCGGCUCUGCCCUGGCAACACCACGCUCCUCCGCCAGGGAGGCUCAUUUAAGACACACCACAUUCGAGGUGGGGCCCAUCCUGCAGCUGGAGCAGUGGAUCGACAAGUACUCCAGCCAGCUCCCCCCUCUCACGGCUUUCAUUCUGCCUUCGGGAGGCAAGAGCAGCUCUGCACUGCAUUUCUGUCGGGCUGUGUGUCGCCGAGCUGAGAGACGUGUGGUACCUCUUGUCCAAAUGGGUGAGACGGAUGCCAACGUGGCCAAGUUCUUAAACAGACUCAGCGACUAUCUCUUUACAUUAGCCAGAUAUGCGGCCAUGAAGGAGGGGAAUCAAGAAAAAAUAUACAAGAAAAAUGACCCGUCAGCCAGAACCUGAGGCACUUGAAAAUAAUGUGCCUUACAAAGCCGUAUGGGAGCCUAAGGCAAAAGGCGAAACGUGCACCCCAUGUAAACUUAUCCAGAUACCCUCCCAUGUCUUGAAGCCAGUCGGAGAAGUGAACGAAAACUCCACAAUCAAAGCACGUG